UUCAAAUGGCAAGAAACACAUUGUAGCUGUGAAAAGUAAAGGUGUGACAGAGAUGAUAUUAGAAUCUUGGGAAUUGUUGAUACUUCUAAUACAGUGUAUUGUAAAGUACACAGCUAUGCUUUCUUUACGUCAAAAAGCUGAGAUGCUAAUGAGAAGUACUGCAUUGAUUGAUGGGCACAAUGACCUGCCAUGGCAGCUAAGGAAGAGAGUACACAAUGAUCUUUCUGCAGUUGACCUUAGGACCUGGAAUGUUACUCAGACCAACAUUGAAAAGCUCCAGGCUGGUUUGGUUGGUGCUCAGUUCUGGGUUGCUUAUGUGCCUUGCAAUGCACAGAACAAAGAUGCAGUCCGUCAUACCUUGGAACAAAUAGAUGUCAUAAAAAGGAUGAUAGACAUGUUUCCGGAAGAUUUCCAACAGGCAACAACAGCUGAUGAAAUCAGGCAAGCAUUUAAUAGUAGUAAAAUAGCCAGCCUCAUUGGCGUGGAAGGUGGACAUGGAGUUGACAGCAGUCUAGCAGCUUUGAGAAUGUUCUAUGACCUUGGAGUACGUUACCUGACAUUAACACACGUCUGUAAUACACCGUGGGCAGAUACCAGCAGAGUGGACAGUGGCCUUGUGAAGCCUGGUGUCAAAGGAUUGUCUGAUUUUGGAAAAAAAAUUGUGAAAGAAAUGAAUCGUCUGGGAAUGUUGAUUGACCUCUCUCAUGUCUCCAAAGAUACAAUGCUGGCUGCACUUGAAGCAUCAGUUGCUCCUGUCAUUUUCAGUCAUUCCUCUGCAUUUGCUCUGUGCCAGAACUACAGAAAUGUCCAGGAUAAUGUUCUUCGUAAACUGACAAACAAUUCAGGGAUUGUGAUGGUGAAUUUUUAUCCCAACUUUAUUUCCUGUAGAGAAACUGCAACAUUAUCCCAAGUUGCAGACCACCUUGACCAUAUUAGAGAUGUCGCUGGUGCAGAUCAUGUGGGCAUCGGCAGUGACUUUGAUGGUUUUGAAAGGGGACCCACUGGUUUGGAAGAUGUUUCAAAAUUUCCUGAUUUGAUCGCUGAGCUUCUUUGGCGUAACUGGACUGAAAAUGAAAUUAAAAAGCUGCUUGGUUUAAACAUUUUACGAGUCCUUAAGAAAGCUGAAGAAGUAAGCCAGCAGCUUCAGAAAACCAAGACACCAUCAAAUGAUGUCAUUUCUCAGGAUCAGGUGCAGAGUGCAUGCAGGACAUUUCUUGGCUAUCCAUCGGCAGCUCCUCCCCAUCUCUGCACUCUUCAUAUUCUCAGCACGGUCAUGUUCAUUGCUUCCUUAAUAGUUAAACUUAUUAAUUAAAUGCAACAUUAAGAAUAGAUUAAUAGCACUUAAUGUACAGAGAUCACACCUAAAGAAGAUUAAUGCAAUAGUAGAGUUGGGCAAAAAAUAAAUUUACUCUGAAUAUAUGUCUUUGUAAUUAUAGACUCUAAGUGUCUGUACAUUAACUAGCCAAUCCAUACUUUGGUGGAAAAUCUCUUUAAUGCCUAAAGGUAUCUUUUUGAGACUGCUGUGUACACCUUGAUUGAGCUUAGAUCUUAUAAUCGGGUAGAUCUUGAGGUUAGCAGCAAAAUGAUAACAUUUAUUAUGCUGGGUGAUUCUGGAAUCCAGCAAGAGCAGCCAAUAAAAUGAGAACAAAAAGGAGUUUUUAAACUUUCAGUCUGUGAGAUCAACGCAAAAAAUUAAGAAAAUGUGCAAGUUAAUUUUAAAAACAUGAAAUUUUAAAAUAUUCUGAUUCAUCUGCAAAAGUUAGUUUUUGUGGUUUAAAGGUGUUCAGUGGUGAAUGAAGAAUUCAAGAGUGAUCUCUGCUACAGAUAAUGAAUGAAUCCUAAGUGACUCAGUUACCUAAUCCAGUGUGCAGAAAAAGUAGUGAGGAAAAUCCUUUUUGCUAAGAAAGAAAAUGUAUUCAAAGACACAAUUUACAUUAUUCAUUUUCUGCCACGGAAAUACUGCAGAAUUGUUAGAGAGUAAAAACAAUUUCUCCGAAGACAUUGACUUAAAGGAGGAUGAACUAGAUAGGGAAGGGUCAAACUCAAAGGUCAGGUUUUGUUGUCAAUCAUUUUCACAUAUUAUAAAAAGAGAGGUAUGGGGCAAAGCUGGGCAACAGAUAGAUGAGGUUAAUUUGUACAAAUGGGAACCAACACCAGACUGAGUUGCAUCCAGAAUCAGGUUAAAGUCAAUUACACGUAAAUUGAACUUACAGCUAAAAGUUGUGAAGAACAUUAAAAGCAGCAGGACAAGAUUCUUUAUUAAUAUAUGUAACAUUUUCUUGUCAAACCCCUACAUCAUAUAAUUCUUUUAUAAUUGUAAUAAUCUUGUUAUACUCUGUAAUUAUUCUUCAUUUAAUUAGUUAUAGUGUUACCUAAUUUCAAUAAACCUUUUA